AUGAGUGUUGACGACGAGCUGGAGAACAUGAACUGCACCGAUGCUGCUGGUCGUGGCAUUAGCAGUGGACGUGAUCGAAGGGAUGGUCAUGCUUAUCUAAAUGAUGGUGAGAACAUUAUUGGGGAAGAAUCCAAUCUCGUGCAGGGAACUGUUGUAGACGGAAGCAGACGAGCGCCACCUGCUGUUCCGUCAAACUCGCAAUACCUGCAUUUGGCGCAAUCAACUCUACCACCACCAAUGCACUCCUUGACUACAGAAGAAAUAAGUGAGGGUCAAAAGCUUUUGGGUGGUCUAGUGGAGCUCAUAGAGCUAACAGAAAACCAACGGCAGCCAAACACUCUCGACAACACGGAAAAUGGAAGCAUUACAACGCUCAGCUUUCCUGGAGCUCACCCGGUGGUCGGAUUGAGAAGCAGUAAUGAUGACUCUGGAAGCAUCAAUCGCGACGCUACCAUAGGAGAGCACUCCGUUCAUGUUGUUCGAGAAGAUGUCAUUGAGGCUUCAGUCUCGGCCAGUGACUACGAAAGAGCUGGUCCCACAGAGAAUGCAGAGCCAAGAAUACCCAAAGAGAGAUCUAAAACGUACUGGAGGCGAAGGCUACUUCGUGUCCUUUCAUUGGAAGUCAACAUGGCUUUCUUUGCUGUAAUAGUGGUACUACUCAUACUCUUGGCAGUCUCAGAGAAUACUGGAAGCGACAGCGGCAACAACCGCGACAACAAAAGCCAAUCGCUAAACCAACAAAAUGGAGCAGUCCAAAUUCCCGCAACUGCAGAGUUGAGAAUAUCCAUAACGCUGGCGCCAACAACAAGUUUUCUUGGCUCACUCAGUCUACCCGACAACACACUUUUGGCUAUGGAAAAAUCAAGAUCUCCCCAGUCCAAAGCCUAUAACUGGCUGAUCAACAACAGCGUCAACAAUCAAAGGGCCAUCCCAACCAAGGUUGGAAUGCUGACCAAAUUGACUGAGUUGAGGUUGCUGACGACAAACAUUCUUGGAACAAUCCCAACAGACCUCGGUCUGCUGCAAAGUCUUGGCAUGCUCUGGAUCACUGAUUGCCACCUUUCUGGGUGCAUACCUUCAGAGGUUGGCAUUUUGGGCAGUCUAUCUACAUUGGUGCUGUCAAUGCCAGAUCUAACGGGUUCAGUGCCUAGUGAACUUUCCAAUUAUCUGGACUGGAAUGUGUAUUGA